AUGCAAGUGCCCAGCGCUCCUGAAUUGACAUUGGAAGUGGAACGUGGGUUCCCCAUCAUCAAUGUUGUAGAGGACAGUUUCUGUGUCCCUAACCCAACACAAAUAACUGUCGAGAAAACAUACCAUGGAUUUUUCUUAAACCAACGAUACAAAGUGCUUGAUGCUAACGGUACUCUCUUGCUUCGAGUUGAUGGCUCAAGCCUAAACAUGCACAAGAAAAGGGUCAUGCGUGACGCUGCUGGUUCCCCUAUCCUCACAAUGCGUGAAGAACUGCUAACACUGCGCCAUCGGUGGAUGGUUCAUAGAGGCAGAAGCUCAGAGGAGAAGGAUCUCAUUUUUGGGGUUCAAAGAUCCCACCCUCUUGACAUGAUUCCACGGCUUGAUGUCUUCAUGGCUACCAAUAAUAUCAUUCAAAAUAUCAACACCUUUCAACUUAUAGGGAGCUACAUUGAUCAGUCCUGCAAAGUUUACAAAGGCUACACCUUGAUUGCAGAGUUAAUUGAUGUAUACCCGAGGAGCAACUUCAGCAAAUGGAAAGAAAGCUUCAAGAUCAAAAUAAAUGCAGGGGUGGAUUAUGCUUUCAUCGUUGCGUUGCUUGUAAUACUCACCGUAAAUGAUUACAUUUAA